AUGAGGACCACAUUGGCCUGCCAGUGGUGUCGAAAGUCAAAAGUCAAGUGCCACCACGAUGGUAUUCCACCUUGCAAAUCAUGUAGGGCUCAUCCGGGUAGAGAAUGUAGCCUGAGCACUCCUACCUUUCGUAGGAAGCGGCGCAUGUCGUCUCAUUCCCCAGCGAACACGGCUCGUGCAAAUCGUGUAUCAAAGACUAUUAUAGGGGAGAUAUCCACAUCUCGAAGAAUAGAGAAGACAAAUGCUGGCUUACAAAAUCAACAAUCACCAACGGCCUUUUCAACGCAUACUGCAGUUUCUGAUGCAAACAGCAGUUGCGAAAGGCAGGGUAAUGCUUCACUGAAACAACCGAAAACCUUAGUAUUACCUGAAAAUGCCCUCGAUAAUGUGGAUCGGGAAUUGGUCAUUCGUGCAAGCAGAAUAUUUGUCCAGCAGUUCCCUGAAUUCGGCUUUGUCCAUAAGCCAACAUUCUUUGAGUACGGCCUGCCAGAUGAGAUCCCUGUCAUAAAGCUCUGCGCGAUCCUGGCUCUGUGUGCACGGUAUAUUCCCGAACUGGUGGAUCAGUAUGGCAGUCCGUAUCUAGCAUCUCAAUAUUUCGCCAGCGUUGUACGUGAGAAUAUCAUGAGCUAUGUGGCACAACAUCCUGGGAUCGACGCCGUUCAUGCCAUGAUUUUACUCAGUUUGUACGACUGGGGAGAGGGUAAUGGGUUUCAGGCAUGGAUAUAUACAGAUCUUGAAGCACGGGGUGUACAGUUUCAGACACCGUUCACAGCCUUCUGUAUGUUCAGUGCCGCCAGCACAGUUUUAUAUGCGGACACUUGGCCGUACAUGGCACCUGAACUCGAGAAUGCGAAGAAGAAGUAUACAUGGAGUUUCGAUUGGCUGGGAACUGCCAGCGAAAGGUGGGAGAUUGCGAAAUGUUGGUAUGAAACAUUGGGCGAGCUCAUGGGGAUAUUCACGCGCCUCAAAACAGAUGGACAUAAUUUCCCACAUCUUGGACGGGAGCAGUUCCAAGAUCUCCAUGAUAAUUUGCAUCGUCUUGCAGAACCAGAAUCUUCAACUGUGAAUGCUCUGGCUGCUCUAUCACAACACGCAUCGCCUGACUUUGCAGGACCGUCUUGUCAAUCCCACCCCGGGACUACGAGAAAUGGAAGAGACUUGGGACCACAGCCUUUGGUUACUCAAGACACAGUUCGACUCCAAGAAGUACAUAAUACUGCCACAGGACAAAGCCAGGCAGGCCUCUUGGGCUUAGAUCACGAGCCACAGGCCAUGGAUGAUAACCCCGGGAUUGACACAGAUUUUCUGAUGGCAAUGCUGUCUGACCCUUCCGGAGACUGGUCGCAUGUAAUAUAAGUUUCUUCCCAUACCACUACACUAGAACCUGUGCAUCAAUUCCC